ACCCCAGCCGGACGGACGGCCAACACAAGUGUGGUGCCUAUUGCUGCUCAAAGCCACUGAAUGAUUGUUGUUAGACUGGAUUUUAAAUGGUUUAUAUGCGUGCACUCCACAGACGACUUCUUGCGUUUAAUACUAUUUAUUCUAAUAAUAACGAAAUAAAAAACAAUAGCGUGUGCUCGGCAACACUGUCAAAAAAACGGCAUGCUCGUCCGGGUCUCCAAUCAACUUCAAUGGGAAACUGUUGCGCGCUCCUCGCUCCAGUCGUUUGUUUCCGACUGUCACGGAGUUGAAGGACCGGUAUAGUUGUUUCAGAGGGCAUCAACAAGAAGCAACAUAAUAUCACUGACCAAAGGUACUGAAAAGGUACUCAGUGGUGUGUGUGCUUCCUGACCUGCCGCUGUGAUGGAGGGCAGUGGAAAUGAAUGGUCUGCCGACCUGGCCCAGCUGAAGGGGCCGGGGACGAACAACAGCGGGCAGGUCUACGAGGUGAUGCUCCAGAACGACUCCUCCAAGCUCAGCCCCCAGUUUGUAGGGGUGGAGCUCCUCCAGAGCUUCAAGCUGCUCAUCAUCCCCUGCUACGCCCUGGUGGUGCUCGUGGGGGUCUUUGGCAACUACCUGCUGCUCUACCUCAUCUGCCGCACGCGCAAGAUGCACAACGUCACCAACUUCUUCAUAGGAAACCUGGCUUUUUCCGACAUGUUGAUGUGCGCCACGUGCGUCCCCUUCACGCUGGCCUACGCCUUCAACCCUCACGGCUGGGUGUUCGGGCGCUUCAUGUGCUACCUGGUGUACCUGAUCCAGCCGGUGACGGUCUAUGUGUCAGUCUUCACCCUCACUGCCAUCGGUGUAGACAGAUACUAUGCCACUGUGCACCCUUUGAAGAAGCGCAUCUCUGUGUUGGCGUGUACCUACCUGCUGUCGGGGAUCUGGCUGCUGUCCUGUGGGCUGGUGGCCCCGGCAGUGGCUCACACCUACCAUGUGGAGUUCAAGAACGAGGGCUUCACCAUCUGCGAGGAGUUCUGGAUGGGUCAGGAGACCGACAGGCUGGCGUACGCCUACAGCACCCUCUUCAUCACCUACGUCCUCCCUCUGUCGGCGCUUUGCACCUCCUACCUGUGCAUCUCGGUCAAACUGCGCAACUGCGUGGUGCCGGGCCACCGCACACAGAGCCAGGCCGAGGCGCAGAGGACACGCAAGCGCAAGACCUUCCGCCUGGUCACCUUGGUGGUGGCGGCCUUCGGUUUCUGCUGGAUGCCCAUCAGCGUGUUCAACGUGCUGCGCGACAUCGACAUCGACCUCAUCCACAAGCGCUUCUUCCUGCUCAUCCAGCUGCUGUGCCACCUGUGUGCCAUGAGCUCGUCCUGCUGUAACCCCUUCCUCUACGCCUGGCUCCACGACCGCUUCCGCGCCGAACUGCGUAAGAUGUUCACCUGCCGCCGUCGCAUCGGGAUCCCCACCAACAACUGCGCGACGGCCAGUGUGGUGCUGUGAAGCCACUGAAUGCUGCCUAACUUGUAACCCCUAAACC